AUGAGGAAGCAUUGCAUCUGGCGAAACGGCUUUUGGCCAAUAACUGUGGCCACAGUGCUGCUCCUGCUGCAGCUCGUGAGUGGCGAUCAACAGGCGGAGGAUCACAGAAUUCAACGCCGUUUCAUGUGGCACCAAAUGGACAAUACUGUAAUGGGUGGGAUAAUGGGUAGCAUGUUCAAUGGCGCCCGAGCCAUGAAGACCAUGUUUACUGGGAUCUUGCCCAGCACAGCGAGCUAUGCCAAAACCAUGCUGGACUUCCUGCCAACCGAGACGACGCGGGUGAAAUACAUCAUUCGAGAUCCGCAUACGAACAAGCCGAUGAAGAUCAUCAAGAUGCGUGGCUCGCAGAAGAAGGUUGUGAAACUGAAGAGGCCAAUGCCCAAGCCGGUGGUAACAGAGCCCACACAACUGCAAUAUGAGAAUCGGAUGCGUCAGCUGGAAAAGGAGCAGGAGCUAAUUGUGGAGGGCAGAGCGCCGAUGAGCAGCGAUGAGGCGCUCAUGAAUAAAUACUUUAAGCCAAAAACGCAUCCCAGCAACAGCAAUGAGAUCGUCUCUGGCAAGAUAAUGGAGUACCAGAGCUGGAAACCCGUCUACAAAUCCGGAGAGCAGCCCACCUCCUAUGUCACAUUGCGUCCACAGCCGUUGACGCAACUGCACACGCAUAUAACAUCCAGUAAUCAAGUCAAGCACAACGAUUACGGCAGUUACAACAAUCACGAGCUGCUGCCCAAGCCAGAGAAGUUGGUGGGACAUAUGCCCGAUUUGGAGGAUGAAGAGGAUGAUUUCGAGCAGGUCGGGGAUGAAAAUGAUCUGUUCAAGCAAACGGGUCAUCAAUACGAAGUCACAGAGCACACGGGUGAGGCAAGCGGCGAAGUACAAUCCCUGGCAACGAUGGAGGGUGGCUUUGUGCCCUCCCAUCUCUACCACAGCAGCAAUAGUGGCAGCAAUCCCAGUAGUAGUAGUAGCAUGAGCAGCAGCAGCGGCAGCAGCAUCAGUCAAAUACCUCGACCACGGAGUCGUGGUAUUAUCAUUAUGAGUACCACAAGCACUAGCACCACCGAAGCGCCCAAUUAUCCACCCGCUUUUCUCAAAAAGUAUCGCGAAAGGGAAGCGAAUGCCAACCUAAAAGCCAUCCACAAAGUGCGACCCAAGCAUCAUCAGCACAAGGAGCAAAUCCUCACCGAUGGCAAUCCCCAGUCGAAUGUGAGCUUUGCAUUGAGCACGCUGCGAGCGCGACUCCAGGAGCAGCAGCGUAAAACGAAGCACGAGGAGCGCGAUGCCGAAAUGGAGGCGGCACUCGUCGAGGCAAUGGAGGGCGACAAGUGGCCAACGGAGGUGCAACAGAGUGGCGACUAUCUGACCAGUCCCAUUGGACCAAGUGCUGUGGCUUUUGAACAGCCGCUAAAUCCACCGCGCAACGAGUACAAAAGACCGCGGGCAAACCUGCGACAGCGUGGAUCCAUCAAGUUUAAUGAUAAUCCCAACGAGGAGAUGUAG